AUGGCUAUGGUGGGAAUGGGCAUGAAAUUUCCAACCACCUGCACAACACGGGGGACAAGCUUAAGUAUUGGGCAGGAUUCGUGUUCAUUCUUCAAGGGCUCCACCCUUUCCCUACCAAGUUUCCCUAUUAUCAAAACAAGGAAGAGCGUAGCAGUGGCAAUGCCAGUAGUUGCUCGGAAAAUGAUACAGGGAGAGGUCGUGUGUGCAACAAAUGAUAAAACGGUUCGAGUGAAGGUGUUCAGGUUGGCAGUUCACCCCAAAUACAAGAAGAGAAUUAAGGUGAAGAAGCACUUCCAGGCGCAUGAUCCAGACAACACCUUCAAGGUGGGGGAUAAAGUGCAGCUUCAGAAUUGCCGACCUAUCAGCAAGACCAAGGCCUUUCUUGCACUCCCUUUGCCUCCUCGCAAUAACGCACGCCCCCAGCCUGAAGAGCUCUCCCUUCCUCUUCAAUCCCAAUCUGCAUACAUUUAG